GAUCUAAAACCUGGCACAAGACCAAACGAAAGGCAUUAGCAAUCCAGCGUGAUUUAAAGGUCAGUAAUAUUUUUCAUGAUAGUGAAUAUUCUACACCCUAUGCUACUAGUAUAUGGAUGAAAAGCGUUCAGUCUUAUGUACGCCAUGACAUGCAAACUUUGCUUACAACAUUAUAUGCUAUACCCUGCGCUACUGGAAAACACUCCACAACUCACUUUGAAAAUCCACUUUCUUACAAUGAACAAUCAUAUGACAAUGAAAAUGAGGAAGAACCUAAAUCACGAACAUUCCCAGAGUAUGAGAUCGUUGAGGAAUUAACAUUUGAUUUGAUUUGUGCAUUGUCACGUUACUCCUACAAUAUAGAAGAAUUCUUGAAGAAAUGUGGAACCCAUCACAUAUAA